AUGAGUUCUGACAAGUGUGAAACCAAUAAAGAAACUAACGCUACCUCUCAAAUGGGGCAAGCGAGUAUAGCAGAUUCUGAGAACAUUUCGGGCUUUGAAACUGAAUUGGGCAAAAGAGAAGUUACCAACCCAAACUGUAGCACGCCAGUAGAACAGGGAAAUAUGCAAUCUGACCUACUCACAAGUGGAACAAGCGGCUACGCCGAUCUUAUUAAAACAGCGAUCAGAAAAUCACCACGUGGAAUGAUGAAAGAAUCUGAUAUCAUUAAUUUCAUCUGCGACAACCCUCCUUACUUCGUUAAUUGUCGAAUACAAUUGCAGUACGACGCACUCAAAAGCUUGUUACAGCACAAAUGUUUUUCUAAGUCCACUCAAGUGUUGGAAGAUGGAAGCAAAUCUCAUUACUGGACACUCGUUUCGAAAAGCAGCUUACUCCACGGCGAAACAGCAAAACCAGAACCAAAUCAAUUACAAGCGCCUCCUUACCGCAAGAUAGUCAAGAUGGCGAUCAAGAGUUCACCAAAUGAAAAGAUAACAAUUCAAGAAAUCUAUGAUUACUUCGCGAAGAACUUUCCCUUUUAUGCCGAUAGUUUUCAAGACUGGCGUUCCUCUAUUGAGCAUAUCUUAUCAAAGGAGGAUAGGUUAGUUAAGUUUCCUCACGAUUUGGGCAGUAAAAACAAACACUGGACAUCAAACGCGAGCUCGUGUGAUACAAGAGACAAUCAUUUACCUAUGGUACAAAUCAAGCAAGAGGAAAGUAUUCAGGAAAAACGUCCUAAAGAAGUGGAAAAUUUGCCGAAUAGCAAAGGAACUUUACACCUGUCGCGCUCAACCAACUCCACGACUUCAGACGUACCUCUCCUUCGUACUGCAACUGGUUUCAUUCUUAACGACACUGUUAUCGGUCGACGACUGACCCCUCGACGCUCGAUGUUUUUCGCAAGCAAUCCUACUGCACUCACUCCUGAACAGCACGGUCUCUUAAUGGCGAACAAUACGGAAUCACCAUAUUACGAGGAUUUCGCUGUAGGCUUAAAUGAAGAUGACUAUAUAGAAUAA